CGACGCGCUUUAAAUACAGAAGAUGAACCGGAACCAGCAGAACCGCAGAGUUCCGCCUCUUCGGGACUUUAUGCACAUUCAGCCGAACUUUUCCGCGAUUUAAUAAACUCUCCCGGCUCGGUUCGGUUCGGUCUGCACAUUUGAGGCGCUGGUGAACAGAAGAGCGACCUGGACCGAACCGCGAGUAAAGGUGAGGACCGGGAUUCAGGAGCGGCUUUCUCUCACCUGUCAGCCUGCGGUUCGGUUCGGUUCGGUUCGGACGUGUUUCCCGCUCAGGAUGACAGCAGCCAGGUGAACUGCAGGUGGAUGAGAUGCGACCAUGUUCUUUACGCAGCGCCUCGCUCUGCUGCUGCUCGGCGUCUCCCUCAUCCACACGGUUAAUGGGAGGUUUCCCUACUGCUGGCUGUACUGGGAGAUGGAGCGAGCCAGAGGAGACUGUCAGACACAACUACAGCAGCAGACGCCAGGCGCUGAAGGAUGUGAAGGCGAGUGGAACAAUGUUUCUUGUUGGCGCAGCGCCGCUGUCGGGGAAGUGCUGACCCUCCCGUGCCCCUCCCCCUUUCUGCUUCUGUUUGGUAAAAACGGUAACCUAAACAGGAACUGCACGGAGAACGGCUGGUCGUCGGUUUAUCCCGACAUCGGCUCCGCCUGCUCAUCGAACAUCAGUGACGAACCCAACGAGCUGGUCUUCUACAGAGUGGUCCAGAUCCUGUCCACUCUGGGUCACAGCCUGUCGCUCGUCGCUCUGAUCACCAGCACCGCCAUCAUCUGCUCCUUCAGGAGGCUCCACUGCAUGAGGAACUACAUCCAUCUGAACCUGUUCGUGUCCUUCAUGCUGCGAGCCGUGGCCGUGCUGAUCAAAGACACGCUGCUCUUCUCAGAGGACCAGAGCACCGACUGCAGCACACAGCUGUCUCUGGUGGGUUGUAAGGCCAGCCUGGUUUUCUUCAACUAUUUCGUCAUGGCGAACUUCUUCUGGCUGCUGGUGGAGGGUCUGUACCUGCACAUGCUGCUGCUGGUCGUCCGGACCUGCUGGGUCCGCCUCUCCGUCUGCAUGCUGAUCGGUUGGGGAAUCCCUUCUGUCUUCACCGUGGCCUGGAUCGUCAGCCGGAUCAACCUGGAGGACACCAGAUGCUGGGAGAUCAACGACAACCCAGUUCCUGACCGGCUGAUCAACUGGCCCAUCAUGGCGUCCAUCAUCAUAAACUUCCUGCUGUUCAUCAGCAUCAUUCGGAUCCUGGUGCAGAAACUACGCAGCUCAGACGUCGGAGGAAACGACCAAUCACAGUACAGGCGGCUGGCCAAGUCCACCCUGCUGCUGAUCCCUCUGUUCGGAGUAAACUACGUAGUUUUCUUCUACCUGAUGGAGCCGGACGAUGAAACACUGAAGCAGAUCAAGAUCUUCUUCGACCUCGGCCUCGGCUCCUUCCAGGGCCUCAUUGUCGCCGUCCUCUACUGCUUCCUCAACAGCGAGGUUCAGACUGAGUUGCGGAGAACAUGGAGGAGUUUAUCCACGAAUCGCUGCGUGUUGCAGGACUACAGGCUCCGCCGCUUGUCAGCAAACCUCAACAGCACUCAGUUUCCCAGAAACACCCGGGCCCAGUCCAUCCUGCAGACCGAAACCACCAUGCUCUGACCCGGGCCCAGUCCAUCCUGCAGACCGAAACCACCAUGCUCUGACCCGGGCCCAGUCCAUCCUGCAGACCGAAACCACCAUGCUCUGACCAGAACCGGCUGGAAACUCAAACAUUUAAACCAACAGCCAGGUUCUGCCACAGCGCCCCCAGCUGGGGGAGAAACCACAUGUCAAUCAGAGAGAAACCGACUGAAAAUCCUGGAGGAAAAACAAAGAACGUUAUUACAGCCAGGUUUUAUAUUUUUAUAUGAUUUUUCAGGCUUAUGGCUCUUUUGAAUUUAAAUAACUGAAUAAAAAUGAUUUUCUUCAUCAUAAAAUCGACUCACUGUUUAUAAUGUUUUUAUCUGCAUCAUAUUAGACAUAAAUGUAUAAAAAUAUAAAAACU